ACCAAUCCAGUCCUACAUCACCUUUCUUCUCACCCACCGCUAGCUUCUCUAAGGAGUGAGGAGCAGCGUAAUGGAUCUUGAACUGUUGUGGAGUGGUCCACCUGCACUCUCGGUACUGCCAUGGAUCUGCGGCGGCCUCGUGGCCUCGGUGCUGCUCUGGCAAGCCGCCCGGCUGCUCGACCAGCUGUGGUGGCGGCCGAGGCGGCUGGAGCGGGCGCUCCGCUCCCAGGGCCUCCGCGGCACGCGGUACCGCUUCCUCCUCGGCGACGUCAACGACUACGCCCGGCAGACCAAGGAGGCGUCGUCGGGGCCGCCGAUGCCGCUGCGCUGCCACGACGUCGGCCCCCGCGCCAUGCCGUUCCUCUACAGCACCAUCAAGGAGCACGGCACGCCGUGCAUCUCCUGGUUCGGGCCGGUCCCCAAGGUGAGCAUCACCGACCCUGCCCUGGUCCGGGAGGUGAUGUCCAGCAAGCUCGCCCGCGACGUCGAGAAGUUCAAGUUCCCGGCGCUCACCAGGCUGCUCGCCGACGGGGUGGGGAACUACGAGGGCGACAGGUGGGCCAAGCACCGGAGGAUCCUCAACCCCGCCUUCCAUGCCGAGAAGCUCAAGCUCAUGUUCCCGGCGUUUACCGCGUGCUGUGAGGAGCUCGUUGGCCGAUGGGAACAGUCCCUUGGGCCUGACGGCUCCUGGGAGGUGGAUGUCUGCCCGGAGCUCCAGAGCCUCACCGGAGAUGUCAUCUCGCAGACGGCGUUCGGCAGCAGUUACCUGGAAGGGAGAAGGAUUUUUCAGCUGCAGACUGAGCAAAUUGGGCGAUUCAUGGCAGCGGUCAGCAAGAUCAUGAUUCCUGGUUACAUGUCCUUUCCUACCAAAAAUAACCGAAGGAUGCAUCAAAUUAACAACGAGAUUGAGUCCAUCUUGCGGGGCAUAAUUGCAAAAAGGAUGCAUGCUAUUCACGAAGGAGAAAGCACAAAAGAUGACUUACUCGGCUUAUUACUGGAGUCAAACAUGUCAGACACGGAUGAAAAUGGCCAAUCCACCCUAGGAAUGUCAGCAGAUGAAGUCAUGGAGGAGUGCAAGCUGUUUUAUUUUGCUGGAAUGGAGACAACAUCAAUAUUGCUUACAUGGACAAUGAUUGUGCUUAGCAUGCACCCAGAGUGGCAGGACCGUGCAAGGGAGGAGGUUCUUGGCCUAUUUGGAAAACACAAACUCGAGUAUGAGGGUGUUAAUCGACUCAAAAUUGUGACAAUGAUUCUAUAUGAAGUUCUCCGGUUGUACCCGCCGGCUACUGUAUUCACCCGGAAAACAUACAAGAAGAUUGAGAUUGGAGGCAUCAUGUACCCGGCUGGUGUGAUGUUUGAGAUGCCAGUGUUGUACAUCCACCACGACACGGACAUUUGGGGAGAAGAUGUGCACGAAUUCAACCCGCAUAGGUUUGCCGAGGGGAUCUCCAAGGCAUCCAAGGACCCGGGCGCAUUUUUCCCAUUUGGUUGGGGGCCACGGAUCUGUAUCGGCCAGAACUUCGCGUUGCUUGAGGCCAAGAUGGCAUUGUGCAUGAUCCUUCAGCGCUUUGAGUUUGAGCUCGCACCAUCAUACACCCAUACACCGCAUAGCGUGAUGAUGUUGCGUCCCAUGCAUGGUGCUCAGAUUAGGCUUCACACUAUCUCUUCGUAGUAUCAUGUUCAAAUUAGGCUUUACACUAUCUCUUUCUAGUAUCAUACUCAUGGCAUUCGCCUCCUAUGUGAUAUGUAUGUAGUCUUAUCCGCGACAGGUUUUAGUCACCAUCCGUUUUCUUUUCCUACAGAUAAAAGUCCAACAGUUUUGGACUCAUGAGAACUCAAUUUACUUACAACUAUAUAUGAUUACAGUCAACUAAUACUAUAUAUGAGAUGCAGUCUGCUA